AUGACUCCUUAUUUUCGUUACUUCCCUGUGUUUACUUGGUCGGGUGGUGUUGGGGGUAGCGAGUACAACCUUCCUUUGCACGUUGGCGGGCUGUUCAUCAUAUUGUCAGUUUCGACACUAGCCUGCGCCUUUCCGGUCCUUGCCAUAUGGUUUCCGCGUCUCCGCAUUCCGUCGUCAUGUCUCUUCUUCGUCAGUCAUUUCGGUACCGGUGUCCUGAUCGCCACUGCAUUUGUGCACUUGCUCCCCACCGCGUUUCAGUCACUCAACGAUCCAUGUCUGUCGAAAUUCUGGACCACCGAUUACCCCGAAAUGCCAGGGGCCAUUGCCCUGGCGGGAGUGUUCCUGGUGACAGUGAUUGAGAUGGUCUUUAGUCCCGCGAGACAUUGCUGUCGCGGAGGCACUAGCCUGUCGGACCCGCCACCCUAUCUUUCUCGACCUACUGAGAAGGAAACCCCCAUAAAAAGGGCCCACGUGGUUGAUUCGACCGUGUGCAACGAGAGAGAACGACCGGCCGGCGUAGAGCCUCUUCCUCACCUACGCGAUAUGGGCCCUUUGAUCGGUCGGUCUUCUAGCAUUAGUCGAGCUAUCAACCAAAUGGGCGAAGACCCAGAACGUAUUUGCCGCAUUUCCUCCGCUCCAGAGGUUCCUCAAUAUCGGCAAGAACCGAGGAUCGAACCUGUCCAAGAAGAUGUGGAGCGCAGCGACGAUGGUCAUGUCAUGACUCCGGAGCAAAAGCAUCGCAAAGAAGUCAUGCAAGUCGUCUUGCUGGAAAUGGGAAUCCUGUUCCAUAGUGUUUUCAUUGGCAUGUCACUCAGUGUAUCGGUCGGCAGCGAGUUUGUGAUUUUAUUGAUUGCCAUCGUCUUUCACCAAACAUUCGAAGGUCUUGCUCUAGGCUCUCGUAUCGCUGCGCUGGACUGGCCGGAGAAAGCCAUGCAGCCCUGGCUUAUGUCUCUGGCAUAUGGAUGCACAACCCCAAUCGGUCAAGCUAUUGGUCUCGCAACCCACACUCUCUAUAGCCCCGACUCAGAAGUCGGUCUUCUCCUCGUCGGCGUCAUGAAUGCCAUCUCCGCAGGCCUCCUUAUCUUUGCUUCACUGGUAGAGCUGAUGUCAGAGGACUUCCUCAGCGAUGAGAGCUGGCGUGUGCUUCGUGGCAAGAAGAGAGUUUAUGCUUGUAUUAUUCUCUUCAUGGGUGCCUUUUGCAUGAGCCUGGUUGGAGCGUGGGCCUAG